AUGGAAAUGAUCAUUGUUUCUGAUGCUGUGAUCAUGAUCAUCAUUAUGUACUUUCAAGCAGAAUUAUUGGUCAUUACAGAAUUUCUUCUGAAACUUGCGAAGGAAGAUAAAGUCUCGGCUCGAGCUAAAACAAUCCUCAAAACGGUUCAUGAAGAGCACAAGAGAGUUAUGGAAAUGUUCAAUGACAUAUCAUUUUCAUUCUGGCAUACCUACUUUCACAAACUCUUGGCCAUUGUGCUAUAUCUUUGUUUUACUUUCUUUGCCUUGAAAUCUGUCAUUUCAUCCCUGGUUGUAGCUCUGCUCUGUGCUGUUUCGAUGGUCGAGGAAGCUUUUAUCCUAUGCUACUUUGGACAAAUUGUCAGAGAUGCUUCAGACAUCAUGGCUGAAGCUCUGUACAUGAGCAAAUGGUACGAAAUGAAAGUAUCAGAUCAGAAGGAUUUACUAAUGCUCAUGAUGAGAUUCAAAUAUCCGUUCAAAGUAGAAACUUUCGCAUUUGGCACGAUUUCUAUCUACACCUUUGUCCAGAUUUGCAAAGCAGCAGUGUCAUAUGUAACUAUACUUUUUGGAUUGUUUACCUAA